AGAUUAAAUAAAUAUUGUUGUAAUGUAAAUAGAUUUUCAUUACAAUAUCUUUCUUCUCUCUCUCUAUAUCUAUCUAUAUAUUGUUUAUUGUUAGUUACAUUUCCGGGACGGAAAACAUGCCGCUAAAUUCAGUAGCUUUCUUCAUCAUUCUCGCCGUCGUCGGCGCCGGCGAUUUCACGCUACUUGUUAAAGCAGAUAGUCCGUACAGAUUCUUCAACUGGAAUGUUACUUAUGGAGACAUUUAUCCACUCGGUGUUCGUCAACAGGGAAUUCUGAUCAAUGGCCAAUUUCCAGGGCCGGACAUUGAAUCAGUGACGAAUGAUAAUCUGAUAAUCAACGUUUUCAAUAGUUUGGACGAACCUUUCCUCAUUUCCUGGAACGGUAUACAAAACAGAAAAAAUUCAUAUGAAGAUGGUGUUUAUGGUACAACAUGUCCUAUACCACCUGGAAAAAACUUCACAUACAUUCUACAAGUUAAGGAUCAGAUUGGAAGCUUCUAUUAUUUCCCUUCUUUGUCGUUUCACAAAGCUGCCGGAGGCUUCGGAGCCAUCAGAAUCCUCAGUCGCCCUCUUAUUCCGGUCCCUUUUCCCGACCCUGCCGGGGAUUAUACUGUCCUUAUCGGAGAUUGGUAUCAAGCUAAUCACACAAAAUUGAGAAGUAUUCUAGAUGGAGGAAGAAAAUUACCCUUUCCUGAUGCCAUCCUUAUCAAUGGGCGUGGACCAAAUGCUACAUCCUUCAAUGUUCAACAAGGAAAAACAUACAGGCUGAGAAUCUCAAACGUUGGACUACAAAAUUCACUAAACAUCCGAAUUCAAGGCCACAAGAUGAAACUAGUCGAAGUGGAAGGAACCCACACUCUCCAAACCACUUAUUCGUCGCUAGAUGUUCAUGUCGGACAAUCCUAUUCAGUUCUAGUAACUGCUGAUCAACCUCCAAAAGACUAUUACAUUGUAGUCUCCUCUAGAUUUACUUCCCAGGUCCUCAAAACCACCUCAUUCCUACGUUAUAGUAAUUCGGGGGGCCUCGCUUCGGGCCCGUUACCCGGAGGGCCGACUAUUGAAAUUGAUUGGUCACUUAACCAAGCACGUACGAUUAGAACCAAUCUUACUGCCAGUGGGCCUAGGCCUAAUCCACAAGGGUCGUACCAUUAUGGAAUGAUUAAUACUACCAAGACUAUAAGGUUGGCAAGCUCGGCUGGUCAAGUUAAUGGGAAACAGAGAUAUGCGGUUAAUAGUGUGUCUUAUGUUGCACCCGAUACGCCUAUGAAAGUGGCUGAUUUUUUUAAGAUUAGUGGGGUUUUUCGAGUUGGAAGCAUAUCGUAUAACCCAACUGGUGGAGGGAUUUAUCUUGACACGUCGGUUAUGGGCGUUGAUUAUAGAGCGUUUGUGGAAAUUGUAUUCGAAAACUCCGAGGAUAUUGUGCAAAGUUGGCAUCUUUCCGGUUACUCUUUCUUCGUAGUAGGGAUGGAUGGAGGGACGUGGUCAUCGGCUAGUCGAGACAAUUACAAUCUUCAUGAUGCAAUUGCCCGAUGUACGGUUCAGGUAUAUCCUAAAUCAUGGACGGCCAUUUACGUGGCACUUGACAAUGUUGGAAUGUGGAACGUGAGAUCCGAGUUUUGGGGAAGACAAUACCUCGGACAACAAUUUUAUCUGCGUGUUUACACUACAUCGACUUCCCUAAGGGACGAGUAUCCGAUUCCAAAGAAUGCGCUUCUUUGUGGAAGGGCUAGUGGGAGGCAGACAAGACCACUUUAAAACAUUUGGUGAAAACAUUUGCAUAAUUAUAUCUUGCCUCUUUAAGUAUUUAAUUUGUAUUAUUUAAGGUAAAGACCUUAGCUCGAGGUCUUAUUCUUUUCCCUUUAUUUAUGCUUAUGAAAUAGUAUUAAUUCAUUGUGAGAACGUUUCGGUUUAUGAAUUAUUGCUAUUCUUUUGAGGAAUAUUAAAUCAGUUUUUAUUAUAUU